GCCGGGUCGAGUCCGGUCCAGUCCGGGCGCUGCGGGCAGCCCCGGGGGCUGCUCAUCCGACUGCAGCCGCUGCUGGAAGGUCUUCUCUCCCAACAGAGAUUAUCUUGGAGCCAGAGAUAAGGAAGGGAUCAGGGAUCUCCCAAGAAGGAGUCAAGAAUCCAGUUUAGGAGCCAGGGAGGUGUCUGGCAGGGAGUGUCUCCGGAGCUGAACAAGGUGAAUUUGCUUUGGAUGAUCUGGGAACUGGUGUAGUCAGAGGUCCUGACUGAUAGCCCCUGAACUAAACUUCUGGGAAAGCACUGACCUUCCACCUGGAGUCCAUUGUUGGCUGUGGAGGAAGAUUUGGAAUUGAAGGAGCUCCCAGCUUUCUUCCUCCUCACAAGUUUUAAAUGCCUCUGGUUGCCAAUCCUUGCACCAAGGAGAGGAGUGUUGACGGAAACCAGCCCCCUAAGUAAGCCUGUUGAUCCAGGACGUCUGGCCAAGGGUGCAGGUCAAGGUUGGCCAGCAAUACCAAUAGACCAGGAUUCCUUGGAGUCUUCAGAAUCAGCUGUCUCAUUGAAGUCCCAAGAGCUCUAAAGGUGGAGGAGGACCAUGGAGGGUGACUGCCUGAGCUGCAUGAAGUAUCUGAUGUUUGUUUUCAAUUUCUUCAUAUUUCUGGGGGGUGCCUGCCUGCUGGGCGUCGGGAUCUGGGUCAUGGUGGACCCCACUGGGUUUCGAGAGAUUGUGGCCGCUAACCCCCUCCUCUUCACGGGCACCUACAUCUUGCUGGCCAUGGGGGCCCUGCUUUUCCUACUCGGUUUCCUAGGCUGCUGUGGAGCCAUCCGGGAAAACAAGUGUUUGCUGCUCUUCUUUUUCCUGUUCAUCUUGUUAAUAUUCCUGGCGGAGCUCUCAGCAGCCAUCCUGGCCUUCAUCUUCAGAGAAAAUCUAACAAGAGAGUUCUUCACCAAGGAGCUGACCAAGCAUUAUCAGGGAAGCAACGAGACAGACGUCUUCUCCGCUACCUGGAACUCAGUCAUGAUCACGUUUGGUUGCUGUGGGGUCAAUGGACCCGAAGACUUUAAGGCUGCCCCAGUUUACCGUUUCCUGAAUUUCAAUGGAGAUGAAGUCCCAGAGGCAUGCUGCCGGAGAGAGCCCCAGAACCGGGAUGGCGUGCUGGUCAACAGGGAGGAGUGCCUCUUGGGAAGAGAUCGCUCCUUAAACAAACAGGGCUGUUACACUGUGAUCCUCAAUUCCUUUGAGACAUAUGUAUAUCUUGCUGGAGCCCUGGCCAUCGCGGUGUUGGCUAUUGAGCUGUUCGCCAUGAUCUUUGCCAUGUGCCUCUUCCGGGGGAUCCAGUAAAGAGGAUCCUGCCCCUCCCAUUUCUGGUGAUUGCUAACCCUGCCUUGCCUCCUCCCCUCCCUACAGUCCCCACCCCUGCCUGCCUGCCUGAUCCAGACAAAGCAAAGCUGGCAGGGGGCAGGUGGUGGGGAUGGCGAGAAGUUGGGCAGUAAAUAGCUAUUUUUUUUAACAAGAAGAAAUGAAGAAAGGAAAAAAAAAAAAGAUUGUUGUAACAUAUACUUGGCCGAGGAGAUAGCCCAGAAUCAGAGGUGCUGCGCACUGGACAUGAGUGCCGGGCUUCUCCCUAAGGGCACCCUGCCCAGGGACCAGGAGCCAGAAGCCAACCAGGCGUGGAUUGCACUAAAGACCAAAGGAGCAUUGGCAGCAUGGUGGUGGGGAGGCAUCUCCCAGCAUUCCUUCUCCUUGUACAGCUAGACCCUAUGACCAUCCCUCAGGGUCAAUCUCGUAGACCACAUUUGACCAUGUUUGACCAGGCCAAGGAGAUAGCAAGGGGAAGGGGCAACAGAUGGGUCUUGUGUUCCAAGGCAGGAAGUAGAAAGAGAGGGAAGCUGAAAAGGCCAGCAAAAAAGACUCUGCCCCUCUGGGAAGAAGGCUAAAAGCCAGGCAAUCUUGGAAAUACUGCGUCAUCCAGAAAGACGAGUUCAAAUUGGAAUUCACCUGGGGAGGAGGGGUUGGAUAGGUGGCUGGGGGUAGGGAUGGAAGGGGGGGGCAUGUCCUCAAGCAGAGAUUUUUGAGGAUCUUCGGAUAGAGGAAACUGGAGUGAGUCUCAGUUCCCUCUAAGAAAGUGCCCAGGGUUGAUAAUUAUCACCACCUCACUUCUGGCCACCCCUCACCCCCAACUCUCUCACAGUGUUGGGAAAAGCACAGUUGAUAGGAUCAUGGGUCUGGAGCUAGAAGGGACAUUGGAGACAAACUUGCAGAUGAAGCUCAGGGCCACAGUGCGCUUUGCCCAAGAUCACACAGACAGGAUCUGACCUCUCUGCCUUGUGCCAUUUUGACUCUAUCCCACGACUGUCUUACUGGAGGCCAUAAACCAGACUAGUCAACCAAGCAGGGCUUGGGGCAAGGGGUCCCUGAGGGCACCCAUUGCAGGCAGAAGCAUCCUCAGUUCUCUCUGCUGCCUCCCUCUGCCCUCCAGUCCCCUACAUCCCACGCCUCCCACAUCAACCUUGCUUUAUGGAGAGGAGGUGAAAUCAGAGGAGUAUUGCCCCCCCUUUUCACUUCCUCCCUCCAGAGCUAAAACUAGGAUAGGGCAGCCAAGCUUUGCUGCAGAGUGGGGAAUUUAGAAGUAGCCACAUCACAUUCCUGAGGGUACACGCUGGCCUGUCCACCCCACCUCUGGCAGCAACGGCGACAGUGGUCACUGUUGGCCUCACCCAUUGGCACAUGCUCGGCUCUGGUCCUAGCAGCAACAGCACUGUGCUUUUUUUGCCCUCAAAAGUCUUACUCCCUGCAGGGCAGAAACCUCAGGGUGCGUGUACAUCUCCCCUCUUGCCGUAGGCGAAAAUGUACACUGGGGCUCUGCCUGCCUCCUUUGGGUUGUCUCUUCUCUCUUACCCUUCUCUUUCCACAUGGACUGUCCGUUCUUCUGCCUUCCUCCUGAUAAGGCCAGAGGAUAAAGCUGUGCCAGGCCCAAGAAGUAAAAACAAAUCCCUCCCCCAGAAGGGCCCUCGUAAGAAAGGAAAACAGAGGCCACAGGGAGGACCCAAAAACCUUUUUUUAAGGAAACAGGAUGAGACCCUAGAAUGAGCCAGGACAGCUCCUCUCUCAGAAGCACAGGGAGGAGUUUGGGGGCAUGCUGGUGUCCUGUCUAGACCGUAUUCAGAGUCGGGCAGAUGGGAAAGUUUUCUCCUCUCCUUCCGGCUUUUCCCAUACUCAAAUGAGCCUUCACCCAAUCCUAUCAAAAGGGGGAUGGGAGUCGAGGGUGAGGGAGUGGGGUUGGUGGGAGAUUCAAUCCCAGCACAGGCUGCCAAUUGUGUUAGAAACCCUUUCAGAAGCUACUGACUCUUUGGAGAAAGAAGGACAAUUUUGGUGGGAAGGGUAGGGGCAGGCUCUGGGGUCCUCACUAGGUCCGGGUCCCUGAGCUGCUGCUGCUGCUGCUUGUUUUUAGUAAUCAUCCCCCUGCCCCUCUCCCCCCAACCCUGACUUGCCCCUUUUCCCUUCUUUCUGUCAUUAUCUAAUCAGAGGCCCUAGAGAUUGAGUGCACCAGGGCCCUCCCAACCUCCCUCCCCCAGCCCAGUCUCCUGCCAUGUGAAAUACGUUGAAAGUCUAUUUUGAAAAUUGUAAAUGUUCCUUGGAGUAGAUAGCAGAGCUAAUUUAUCAUGUAUUCCCUCCCAUCAGGCUUUUUUUAUAUUGGGGAGUUUUUUUUGUAAUAUAAAAAGGAACAUGCAUUGAAUGUUCUGCACCAGUCUUUGUGUCUGUUUCUUAAAAAAAAAAUAAAUAAAUAACUGCAUACAUAAAUGGUGACCAUGAA